AAGCACGUCUAACUAACCAAUUGUAGGGGUAGUAGUACUGUUUAUGCAUAUGGUUAUAUACUUAUAAAAACCCAACUCAUGCCUUUACCAUAACUCGAGCUUAGCCAUCCUCCUCUACUCUUGUUAUCUUUUUGUCCACUUAAUCAAAAUCAGAAACAAAAAAACCAUGAAGGUCAAAAUAGAAAGUUCAAAAAUCAUUAAGCCAUUCUAUGAAGACACCCCUCCUUCUACUAAUAAUAGCUACAUUCCCCUUAGUGUCUUUGACAAGGUCACCUACGAAGCCCAAAUUGCUGUCAUCUAUGCCUAUCGCCCUCCCACCCCACCAAACGCGGCCAUUCAGUUGGGACUUCAGAAGGCGCUAGCGAUUUAUAGGGAGUGGGCAGGGCGAUUAGGAAAGGACGAACAAGAAAAUCCAGUGAUUUUGCUCAACGAUGAGGGCGUUCGAUUUGUGGAGGCAUCAGCUGAUAGCACCCUCGACAAAGUGAUGCCUUUUAAGCCUUCAUCUUCUUUGCUUAACCUACAUCCUAGCUUGAAUAAUGUUGUCGAAUUGGUGCAAGUUCAAGUCACAAGAUUCACUUGUGGCUCCUUAGUGGUGGGCUUUACCGCCCACCAUACUGUCGCAGAUGGUCACUCAACCAGUAACUUUUUAGUUGCAUGGGGCCAAUCCUGUCGAGGGCUUGACAUCAAUCCACUUCCUUUACAUGAUCGUACAAUUUUCCACCCUCGAAACCCUCCCCUCAUCGAGUAUGAGCAUAAGGGGGCAGAGUUCAUGUCAAAAUUAGUCAAAAAGGAAAAUUCACUCAACGAAAGUAAUACUCAUCAUGUAACGGAAGAUAUAGCGGUGCACAAAGUCCAUUUCACGGUAGAGUUUCUAGCGAAACUCAAGGCGAAAGCGUCUUCCAUGAAUGGAAACAAUAAUAAACCUUACAGCACCUUUGAGAGCCUCGUUGCACAUUUAUGGAGGGCCAUCACUAAAGCUCGAGGCCUAAGUGGCUUCGAGACCACUCAUAUAAGAAUCUCAGUCAAUGGUAGAACCAGGUUGAACCCCAGAGUACCCAAUGAGUACUUUGGAAACUUAGUACUUUGGGCAUUCCCAACAGCUAAAGUGAAGGACCUUUUGAGAGAGCCUCUUCCUUAUGCAACGAAGCUCAUUCAUGACGCGGUUAUGAAAGUAAACAACAACUAUUUCAGAUCGUUCAUAGACUUUGCUAAUCACAUGAAAGCUAAGGAAGGGGAAGAUCUUAUCCCAACAGCAGACAUGAACAAGCACAUACUAUGCCCUAAUCUCGAAGUUGAUAGUUGGUUAAGGUUUCCAUUCUACGACUUAGAUUUUGGAACGGGGUGUCCGUACAUGUUCAUGCCUUCAUAUUUCCCAACAGAAGGCAUGAUGUUUCUUCUGCCAUCCUUCAUUGGAGAUGGAAGCAUUGAUGUUUUCAUUCCUUUGUUUCAAGACAACUUGCCUACCUUCAAGAAGAUUUGCUAUUCUUUGGACUUGCUUGAGAAUUACUAGCUAGAAGAUCACUUCCGUGAUAUUCCUCGACUAUGUUGGCACGGCAAUCCAAUGCACUAAAGUUUUCACUAUGUGUAGGGUCUAAAUUACAAAGGACAUAAUCAUAAGGAUCUAUUGCACCAGACUUACCAUGCAUUUCUAUUCCUCAACUAUGUGAUGAUAUGAAAAUUCACCUUAUCUUUUUACUAAAUUUUAAUCUUUUACUUAUUCCUCAUUGCUAAGCGCGCUAUGGAGGAUGGGAAAUAUAUCAAUAUAUGUGAGUUGUAACGUUGAAUAAUAGAAGAGGAGAUAGAAAUUUUACUUUUAUGAAGAAAAAAAAAAAGAGUUUUAAAAAAACAAGUACAACUUCAUUUCUGUGUAGAACAUCUGUUCAUGUUCUACUGAUCUCUUUUUUUCUCUGUCCCCCAACUACUUCUGACCUUCUUUGUCCUUAUGGAAUAAUUAAAAACAGGAUAUGGUUGAUAAAUUAAUGGUUUGGUAAA